AUGUCUAAAUUAUCGCGUGAGCAGUUAUGCAGUUGCAUUCGUUCUGUCUUGGAUAUCUCUAAGUCCACUACCUCUGGCUUUCUGGAUCUUGUGACUAUCCAAAUCGCUCUGAGGAAACAUGACCCUCAUAAGUUCACCAGAUAUGCCGGUGCACCAGAAUCGUUUAUUCGUGUGUGCAUUUUGGGCGAUGAGAAGCAUUGCGAUGAAGCUGCACUGUUGAAAGUGCCAUUCGUAAACCUGAAACAGCUGCAGCUACUUCAGGACAAUAAGACACUAGUUCGAAGACUAGCUCACAGAUAUGACGCCUUUCUGGCCUCUAAGGAAAUCUUGGAGGUGCUUCCGGUAUUGGUGGGUCCGGCGUUUGACAAGGCCGGAAAAUGUCCAACUCUUUUAACUCACGAAGAAUCCAUGGAAGAGAAGAUUAACGAACUUAAGGAAACCAUCAAGAUACGUCUCGACAAGUUAUCCUGCUUCACGAUGAUAGUGGGCCAUGCUGAGAUGGGUGUAGAUGAGCUGGCAGACAACAUAAUAGAAGAAAUGGAUCUUUUGACUGCUAUAUUGAAACGAUCCUGGAAUAAUGUGCACGAUUUAACUAUUAAAUCCUCCUCGGGGAUUGAAUUCGAAUUGCACUAA